AUGAGCAGUGCAUCCGCCACCAUGACCGACUCCGACUCGGGAAAACGGAAGGCCUCGGUCGCUGGUCUCUCCGCCCAUAAUCGCCCUGUGAAACGUCGGGCUUCAAAAGCCUGUUGCUGCUGCAGAGCUCGCAAGGUUCGCUGCGAUGUGGUAGAAAAUGGAUCGCCCUGCACGAAUUGUCGCCUCGACCAGGUCGAAUGUAUUGUCACGGAAAGCAAGCGAAGAAAGAAGUCGCGCGUCGACGUGGAAACAAACCACACCUCCGAGUCGCCUGGCGAGAUCUCCGAAGAGAAUCCUCUAGGCUCUCUGGGCUCGUUGCACGGUAUGCCCGAUAUGGUGCCGACUUCGCCCUCGCAGAACUCGGUCGAUAUUGACCACGGGCAACAUAUGCCCCAUCUACUCUACCAAUCUCAGGCUCAUCGAAUUGGCUCUGAUGAUCUCUUCCGUCGUCGAAUGGCUCCUAACCCGGCCGUUCCCUCGUCAAUGCCUCUCGCCAAUGCUACUUUGCAAAUCCAGCAACUGCUUGAUCCCAACUUUGCCAACUCCCGGACCGCUAGUGGCUUCCUACCUGACUAUAUCCGCGGCCUGCCUGCACGACUCCAGAAAGAGGAUAUUGACUAUUUAGCCGCCAAGGGCGCCCUGACGAUUCCCGAUGUGAGCUUGCGCAACGAAUUACUGAAGGCCUACAUCCAUUACGUGCAUACGUAUAUGCCAUUGCUGGAUCUGGAGGAGUUCCUCCAGACUAUUGUUCAGAAUGAUGGCAUCCACCGCAUCAGUCUCCUGCUAUUCCAGGCUGUCAUGUUCGCCGGCAUGGCCUUCAUUGACAUGAAACAUCUCCAGGCUGCCGGUUACCAGACUCGUAAAGCAGCCCGCAAGAUCUUUUUCCAGCGUGCUCGCCUCCUGUAUGAUUUUGACUAUGAGGUGGAUCGAAUUUCUCUCGUUCAGUCGCUUCUUCUGAUGACCUACUGGUACGAAACUCCCGACGACCAAAAGGACACCUGGCACUGGAUGGGUGUCAGUCUCUCCCUGGCCCACACCAUUGGACUGCACCGAGAUCCCGGCAACUCGCGCAUGGAUGUUCGUCGUCAGCGGAUGUGGAAACGCAUCUGGUGGAGCACGUACACCCGUGACCGACUGAUUGCGCUGGGUAUGCGACGGCCGAUGCGCGUAAAGGAUGACGACUGUGAUGUGCCCAUGCUCACCCUGGACGAUUUCGAGUUCCAGAGCUUUUCUCCGGAAAUCGUGAAGAUGGUCGGAGACUCUGAGAUCUUGCAGAAUGUCAGCCACCAGCGAGAGCUGGCGUUGAUGUUCAUCGAAAAGGCUAAGCUGUGCCUGUGCGUUAGCCAUGUUCUUUCAGCCCAGUACUCUGUGCUGAGCCACAAGUUCGGCGGUACUAUGGAGACGACGAUGAUGCUGGUACCGAAGAAAUCGACUGCCGAGACAUUCGAAGUGCGACGAUGUGACCAAGAGCUGGAGGACUGGCUGGCCAACCUCCCCGUGGAAACCCAAUAUUCGCCAUCCGAUGGCUCGAAGCUCUCCGAGGCCAACGAGGUGCUACACUCUCACCGUGCUUUGCUGAAGAUGGUCUACCUCACGACUUCCAGCGCCCUGCACAGACCUCAGGUCCUCCCUGCGAUCCCAUAUCCCUCCACAGACGCUGAGUUGCAGGAGAUCUCCCGCAACAAGGUGCGGUUCGCUGCUGUGGAAAUCACCAGCAUCGCUCAGGACCUGCACGUCCUCGACCUGACUCGAUACUACCCCACAACCGGUGUCACCGUGCUUCUCCCCGCGGUGAUCAUUCACCUACUGGAUAUCAAAUCCAGCGACCCAAGUGUGCGCAUGACCAGCCUCCAGCGCUUCUACCAAUGCAUGCGCAUCCUCCAGCGCCUACGCGAGAUCUACGCCUCCGCCGACUUUGCCACCUCCUUCCUCGAAGCCGCCAUCCGCAAGGCUGGCAUUCAACUCACCGUCGCCCCGCAAGACGUGCAGUCCUCCCGCUCCCGCUCCAACCGCACCACUUCUACAACCGCCGCCUCCACCGCCACCCCUUCGGCUUCAAGCAAUGACCCCUUCGACAUCCUCUCCCGUCCCAACGCCCUGACUCCUCCACCAGACUCCUUGGCCCAAAAGAUCCCCGACUUGACUUACCCCAAGCCCGGCCCCGCGACUACCCGUGCCCAGCCAACCGUCGACCUCUUCGCUUCCACACCCCCACACUCCGACGGCAGCGAAAACGGCAGCACGAAUAACCUCAAUCCCAACUACGCCUCGCACGAUGCUUUCGCUGUCCCAAACCUAAACUCAGAAAUGAGUCUCACCGAAUUAAUGGAUCUCGCUAAUGACGCCGAAGUCACUCAAAACGACUUUGACGCUCUGAUCAAUUUCGAUGAUGCGGGAAAUGAUUUCUUCUCUGAGGAUGUCCAGCAGCAGCAACAACAGCAACAGCAACAGCAGUCUGGUGUUGGCGUCGGCGCAGAGGAAAAGGCCUAUGAAUUCGAUAUGAAAGCUCUGGGCUUUGAUACCGAGCCUAAGGCGUUUGAUUUUGCGCAUUUGGCGGAGCCGCGUUUGGGGGAGCGUGGCCUGGGCGUUUCAGCCGAGGCUCAGCGGGUUGGUCUGACGGCUGAUUUGGAUACGGAUCUCGGGAUCGGAUUGGAUGAAUAA